AUGUUGCGUAUUGCAGUAUUAGUUACUAUCGUCUGCUCCGCGUUGGCCACGCCCGCUGUCGUGAGGACUAGAGAGGAAAUACAGGCUUUCAGAAGCUUCCUGGAAAGCAUCAAAUCCGGCGAUGGGAGUCAGUUCGCCGCGAGAACCAUGACCAAUCCUCUGGCCAACCCUGAGGAGAACAGCGGCAAAUUCCAAGGAGAUAUUGUCCUAGACGACUUCAUGAUUGAAAUCCUACUCAGGCAGUACGCAAUGGGGCGUAACGCGUACACGUGGCCCAAUACUAAGUGGCCGAACAACACCGUUGUUUGGGAAUUUGGAGAGGGGGAAUUUGGUCCUCGUCAGCAAGCCGCCAUCGAGGAGGGGAUCAGAGACAUCGAAAAACACACAUGCCUCAAGUUCCGUUACCGCGAGGCUGGAGACACAGCCUUUGUCAGACUCACCGUACAGUGA